GUGCGCUCUCCUCAUUCAAGUGUCCAACUUUUGUCGAGGCGGUCAUACAAAACGGCAGUCGCUCGCUCGUUCGCUCGCUGGUCUCUCGCUGUUUGCUGUUCGCAGUUCGCUCGUUGCCUGUACGCUUCGCCUUGCCUGUUCUUUGCCGUUCGUUCGGAGGGGGAAGGCGCUGUGGUCGUGGUCUUGCCGUCAACGGUCAAUAGCGCGCCCACACGCCUAUAAAAAGAUUUCUGUUCGUGUCGCUUAUGCAUGUGCGUGCGUGCGUGCGAACGUGUGUGUAUUAGUGAAAACUGCCAAAGCGCCGCUGCAAAAAGUUUUUGAAAAACCGUUAACGAUAAGCCAUGAAGGAAAUGAAAGUGGCUCGAGCGAUUAGUGAAUCCUCCACAACCUCCGAUAAUACAUCCGAUUUCAUUGAUAUUGUCAAGAAGUACGAUGUCGUCUACAAUAAUCACAAUCCUGAUUAUAAGAACGUUGAGGUGAAGAUGAAAGUCUGGACGCAAAUAGCGGACGAGAUUGGAUUAUCUGUGGAAGCUUCGAAGCGAAAAUGGAAAAACCUUCGCGACAGUUAUACAAAAUAUUUGCGUUCCUUUCGAGUUGGCACAAAAACUUCAAAGAAAUAUCAGUAUUGGGCGCACGCGGAUCACAUGGAGUUCCUGAAGCCGUUUCAAGGACCUGGCAGAAACUCGGCGAAUGGCAAUGGCAAGUCGAACGAUGAGGACGACAAUGAAUGUGACUUCGGCUAUCAGGUGCUUGCCAAGGCGGCCAGCAAUGGAGGUGAGGAUGACUUGAAGAUUACCAUAGCCACAGCGACAGCAUCAACUUCGGCGCUCAGCACGCAGACGGUGAACAGUUAUACAACGCCGAUACUGACGCCGAGCGUGGCCGCCACGCCGCCCAGCCUCGUCUCGCCCGGAGCGCUUAGCAACUCCGGCGCGGCGCCGCAGAACCACAAUAGCAACAGCAAUGGCAGCAGCAAUUGUGCGGCGGUGGCGCCUCUGACGCUCAGCUCGAUGACGCCGCCAGCUGCCAACUGCAGCAACAGCAGCUCCAACAGCGGUAUUCUGUCUCUGCCCGCCCUGCCACUCAGUGCCGCGGGCAAGGGCUCAGUCAGUGCGAAUGCUGCGGCUCUGGCCACGCUGGCCAGUUUGCCCAUGGGCAUUGGUGGAUUGCCCGCUGCAGCGGCUGCCGCACAAAUGUUUACGCUAAAAGCUGCAGCAGCUGCCGCAGGUUUGCCGCUAACGUCGACGCCCAACUGCAGCACAGCCAACAAUGUGGGUUGCCUGAUUAUCGAGCCGCAUCUGUUUGCUGCCGCUGACAACUUCAAGAAGGAGCUGAGCGCAGCGGCAGCGGCUGGAGCGCCGCUUGGCCUGUUCCAGAAUCUGGCCAAUCGACACAAUCUUAAUGGCAAUGCGCCAUCAGCUUUGGGGCUGGGCAACCCGACGCCACCGCCACCGCCGCCGGCGCCACCCAGUUCAAAGGUGAGGCGCGUGCAGCCGUCGCCGCAGACAACAGCCAUCAACCUCAGCUGUACGAGCUCGAAUGCAGCCGCAUCCAACUGUUCCCAGCCCUCGCCCGCCAAGACACGUAAGAUGAGCGAUCCGCGUUUUCCCACCGACUGGGAUGUGUCCGCUGUGCUGCAGGCUAACCGUGAACUGGACGCCAAUACGCUGUUCUUCUUGAGUCUAGCGCGACAGGUGCGCGCCAUGCCCAUGAAGUUCCAAUCGCUGGCCAAGAUGCGCUGCAUGCGUAUCGUCAGCGACAUCGAGUUGGAGCUGGAGAACUUUGACUGCAACGGCGUGCCGCCGCCCGAGGAGUCGGGCAGCACGGCAAAUCUGAAGUACUGCACCGAUACACCGCCGCCACAGCAACCGGAUGGCUCCACGCUGAUUGCGGCUGCCGGUGGCAUGGUGCCCGAGGGCUCCACUGAGCAUUUCGUAUAUGUGAUGUCGCCGUCGCGAGUGGAGAGCAUGAUAGACAUUUCAUCCGAUGAGGAGAGCAAUAUGAAUGGUGGCUUGCCAGCCACAGGUGCGGGUGGCGGCCUCUCCGCUGCUGCGGCCACUGGAGCGGUCCACUGAGACGUCCUCUAUCUAUCUUAAAGCAACUUACAAAUUGUAUUGUUAAACUUAAGUAAACUUAACUUAGAUGCAUUAAAGUGCAGUUUGUCGUCUUAAUUGUUGUUGGACUUGGAACAAUUUAUUUACACGAUUCUGGAACUAUGAAACUUAACGAUAUGAAAAUGGAAAAAA